AGCAGCAAGACAACUUCCUCCUCAACACAGAGCUGCUUCUCACACGGACAGUCUGCCUGCGGGACACCUAUACACAGCAUGCCAAGUUACAGAAUGCAACUUUAGGUUCACUUUGGAUUAUGAAUACCGCCUGAAAUCAGCAAUAUUUGAUUGGUUUGGGGAAGAAGGCAAUGUCGGCUCAACCUUCUUUUUUUCAGCAAAACAAAAACGGCAUUGUCGGUAGAUUUUCGAGAGGUGGCAGAGUAGCAUGAUCUGUGCUAUAAGCACACUGCUAAACGACCGCACGUCUCUGAAGCGCUUCAAACUCAUGCGAGGUCCACCAUGGCAGACAGCUCCACGCUCCUCCUGGUGUGCAGCCUGAUGCUGCUCCCCUCGUCCACACCGCAAGAUACAGGGAUCGUCAGCAACAGCGAGUGUGUGUGUGCUGGUCAGUCAUGUGACGGUCGAGGGCGCUGUUUUGGGCAGCAGUGCUUCUCAUCUCUCUUCUUCCACAACGGGACUCUGCUCCAGGAGAAAGGGUGCAUUGUGGGUAGCGGUCAGGGGCCCAUAAGCUGCACAAACCACCCUUCCCCGGACCUGCUGGUAGAAUGCUGCCACGGCGACCUCUGUAACCAGAAUGUCACCAUGGAAACCCCAACGAGAGACGAGGGCGCCCCCGCCGGCCGGCCGGUCUUGACUGAGCAGGAGUGUGUGUGUGAGGGUGGGCGUUGCCACGGCGCCCAGCGCUGCAUGGGGCAGCAGUGCUUCUCCUCUGUGAGCACGACGGAGGGCGGGGCCACGGCAGGGGGCGGGGCCACGGCAGGGGGCGGGGCCACGCUGCUCCAGAGGGGCUGUCUGAGGGCCGACCCCCACGCCGCCGCCUUCUGCGCCACGCCCCCCUCGCCACGCUACGCUGUCAGCUGCUGCCAGGGUCACCUGUGUAACAUGAACAUCACCGGGGAGAGCUCCAGCAAAGGGGAGGAGGUGAGGCCGGUGGCCCGGGAGCAUGACUGUGUGUGUGAGGGCAGCUCGUGUGGGAGCAGCCAGCGCUGUGUGGGCCAGCAGUGCUUCUCCAGCCUGACGGUGAACGCAGGCGUGCUGGUGUACCAGAAGGGCUGCUUCAAGGUUUACGAGCAGAGCAGGCUGACCUGCAAGACCCCCCCCUCCCGCGACCAGAUCGUCGAGUGUUGCCACGGCCACCUGUGCAACAUAAACAUCUCGGUGGCGCUUCCCGUCCAAGCGGGCGACGUGCCCAGCUACAGCGUGAGCACCCUGGCCGUUGUGAUCGCGGCGCCCAUCCUGGUGCUCAUGGUGCUGUCAGCCGCGGCCAUGCUGGUGUUCAGGCGGAUCCACCAGCACCAGAUGGAGAGACUGACGGCCCGCGACGCCGAGUACGGCACCAUCGACGGGCUGAUCGCCUCCAACGUGGGAGAGAGCACCUUGGCUGACCUGUUGGAUCACUCCUGCACAUCAGGAAGUGGCUCAGGGCUUCCGUUCCUCGUCCAGAGAACCGUCGCCCGACAAAUCACCCUCAACGAGUGUGUGGGUAAGGGGCGCUACGGGGAGGUGUGGAGGGGCCUGUGGCAGGGGGAGAGUGUGGCUGUAAAGAUCUUCUCCUCCAGAGACGAGAAGUCCUGGUUCAGAGAGACUGAGAUCUACAACACCGUCCUGCUCCGGCAUGAGAACAUCCUGGGCUUCAUCGCGUCUGACAUGACCUCCCGUAACUCCAGCACCCAGCUGUGGCUCAUCACCCACUUCCACGAGAUGGGCUCCCUGUACGACUACCUGCAGCUCAGCACCCUGGAUGCCUCUGGCUGCCUGCGCAUGGCCCUGUCCAUCGCCAGCGGCCUGGCCCACCUGCACGUGGAGAUCUUCGGCACCCAGGGCAAGCCCGCCAUCGCACACAGAGACCUUAAGAGCAAAAACAUCCUGGUUAACAAGAACGGCCAGUGCUGCAUCGCUGACCUGGGUUUGGCUGUGAUGCAUUUCCAGGACACCAACGAGCUGGAUGUUGGUAACAACCCCAAGGUGGGAACCAAGCGCUACAUGGCUCCCGAGGUGCUGGAUGACUCCAUCCAGAUGGACUGCUUCGAGUCCUUCAAGAGGGUGGAUGUCUGGGCCCUGGGCCUGGUGCUGUGGGAGGUCGCCCGGAGGACCGUCAGCAACGGCAUCGUGGAGGACUACAAGCCCCCCUUCCAUGAUGUGGUCCCCAGCGACCCCAGCUUUGAGGACAUGAAGAAGGUGAUCUGUGUGGACCAGCAGCGACCCAACAUCCCCAACCGCUGGUUCUCCGACCCGACUUUAACUUCCAUUGCUAAACUCAUGAAGGAGUGCUGGUUUCAGAACCCGUCAGCCAGGCUAACAGCACUGCGCAUCAAAAAGACUCUGACAAAGAUCGACAACUCUCUGGACAAAAUCAAAGUGGACUGCUGACUCUUUCCUGAGGGGGAACCACGCUGAAGGCCUCUAAGAUGUUCCCUCAGGGGGAACAAUGCUGAAGGCCUUUAAGAUGUUCCCUCAGGGGGAACCAUGCUGAAGGCCUUUAAGAUGUUCCCUCAGGGGGAACAAUGCUGAAGGCCUUUAAGAUGUUGCCUGAGGUAGACAGAGGAAACAAGGGACUGGGAUGGGGUCAGUGCCCUUAUAGUGGCACAUGGUAUUUAUUUGAAACACUUUGCGGGACACAUUUUGGCAUCCAAAGAUGGUUUCCAGGGCAUUUCUCAGCCAGUUGGUCAGGGAUGGGAGAUCCCUACAGAUAAGAGCUGCACCAAUGGAACGCGUUCAUCAAGGAAGAAACUUACUUUGGAUCUUGAGUAUAUCGCUUUUGUAUAGAACUGCAGGUGUAUUGACUUUUUAGUUUGAAGACAUUUCUGAACUCAUUUAUCACUAUCAGCUGUGCUUUAUCUCCCUUGUUGCACUAGCAGUCCUUACUGGCACUGCAUAGGAGGCAUCUGGGAAACAAAAACACAACUUGCCAAAAACAAUUAGCUUUUUUUGUUUUAUACACAAACUCUAUUUCUUUACUGUUGUCGGAAAGCAUUGAAAAGGGAGUGUUAUGGUUUACUCUUACUGCAUCUCGAGCACCGUUGUUUACAUGUCGUUGGAACAAGUCUUUUGGUAAUUCACCACAAUUAUAGUCACUUCUCUUCCUGCUGAGGUGUGGUCUAACGUACUCCUGUCGCAUAAACUUUGUAUAUUACCGUACAUUUCACAUGACGUUAUGUACCUGUCUGUUAUCUGCUCCAUCAGCUUUAUCCAGACAAAUGCUAAGAGAACAAAUAAAAUAUUAACUUAGAUGACGCUGAACUCGUUUUGUACAGGGGCAGAGAUUGUCUGUGAAGCUAAACUAUAGUCUUACAGUCUUACAGUCUUACACUAUACGCGUGCAUUGUCUAAUUGAAAUCGAUCUUCAACCUUUUUUAUUUCUUUAAUAUUUUAUAUUAAGUAGUGCAAUUGAUUAAAUAGA